AUAACACCUUCUCUGACAAAAUAACAAAAUUGAAAAUGACGUUUCAACCACACAUUAAACGUCAAUACUUGCCAAUCAAAGUGAAUUUGAAAAGUGCUCGGGGAAAUUUCAAUAAUGAUAAUACUUGAACAAUAAUCUUAAAAGAAAAAUGGAAGAUAUUGAACCCACAACAUUCAGGAGACGCAGAACCUCAUCAGUAAGUUCUGAUAAAAAAUGUUUUGAUAAAAAUAAUGGAAACAAUGAAAAAUCAAAGCUACUUAGAAGAAGUUUGCAACUUGUAACAGUAAUGGAAAAACCUGAAUCCAAUACGUCAAGAAGAUUGAGACGAUCAAUUAGUAUGGACGAAUUGAACCAUGGUCUUUCUGAUCAAUGCUUCACAGAGAUACAACCGAAACAAACCAGCUCAAGAUCUAGAAGGCACAGCUACUCAGUUGAUGUCCAUACUUCAACUAGUGCAAAAAUUCUAGAAGCAAAUUCAUCCAGAAGGUACCACACACGCUUGUUUAGCAUGGAUCAAUCAAACCAUACUCUUGCUGAAGUACAAGCAAGAAAACAAUGUACAAAAGUUGGAUCCAAUACGAUCAAAAACGUUGAUGAAUUUGAAACUAAAGUAAUUGAAUCUAAGCCAUCCAGCAGAUGUUCAUCAUUUGUUACUGUCAAAGAGGUUAAGCCAAAAACAGACAAGUUUAGAAGACGCAGCAGUUCAAAUCUAUUGAGUCAAACUUUAACCAGCGAAAACUUGGAUCAGCAAAGUAUUAUUCAAAUGGAACAACUUGACUCCCAUGCAUCCAGAACGCGAAGAAGACAUUCAAUAAGUUUGGAUAAUUUACACCAUGAUGUUACUUAUGAAAAUAUUCCCAAUCUGGAUGUUUCUUUUGCAAUUGACGAAGAUCAGAAAGCUACCAAAACACACAGACGCCGCUGGUCUAACAGGUUCACAGAAAGCUUCGCAAUUGUUGAUAGUGCAACAUCGUUUGCCGAGAUUUGCAAGCAAAUUCGUACACUUCCAAACGAACUUCCAGAAAAAGAAAUUAUAAAAUUGUACACUGAUAAAACUGUUCCGAAAACGCGUAGAAUGUUGGAGACUAUUUCUGAAGACAAGCCCAAAAUGACCCUUAGAAAGUUUAAAAGGUUUUUCAAUUUCAACGAGAGUAACAAUAGUGAGAAAUACAAAAAAAGGCAGAAGAAAAUCAUCAAAUACAAUCUGUGGCAGAAUCCGCAUCAGGUUACCCAUGCUCAGUUUCAAGCUAAAAUGUUGGAGCUUGGUGUCAGAUUUUGAAUAAUAUUUGUAUUUUUGUUCACAUAUUUGUUGAAAUAAAGACUCAGAAUGUGUGUUUGGUCAAUUAAUGAUGUAAUUUUUUCAUAGCAUGAGAUAAAUA